AAAUUUGUCGGUUCAUAUUAAUCAUCUUUAAUUUUUCCUCUCAUACAUCUUACGAUAAAAAAUUUUGUUAUCCCAUCCCGUUGUAGUAGUGUAGUGUAGCUUCAAAUAAUAUCUCCAAUUUUCGUUACAUUUUCAUUUUUUUUCAAAAAAAAAAAAGAACGAACGAGCGAACGAACGAACUCAUCUUAGCCUAAAAAUGAGAAUGGAAUUAUGGAAAUGGAGACCAUGGUCAGGUCAAAUCUUGUUGUUCAAAAGCUGCCUAGAUUAUGAAUGGAAAUAUCUAUGGUUUUCCUCUUCUUGCCUUCCCAUAUAUAACUUCUCACAAUAUUCAUAAGUUUGGUGGGUUAGCUCAUCUUCUCAUAGGCAUUCUUGGAGCCAAACUCUCUCUCUCUCUCUCUCUCUCUCUCUCUUUCUACACCUUAAUCUCUCUCUCUCAUUGUCUUCCUGUCUAUCUUCUUCAUGGGCUUGCCAAUGAAGAGGACUAUUUCAGUUGAUCAGAGAAGCCAUUACAGAAUAGAAGCCAGAAAUCUUUGUUACAAAAUAAGUGAGAGUUUUGAUGGGUUGAAUUGGCUGUGUGGUGGUGAUAAUUCAAAGAGAGGUCCCAAGUUCAUUUUGAAGAAUGUAAAUUGUGAGGCUCGAGCUGGGGAGAUUACAGCCAUUGCUGGUCCUAGUGGGGCUGGCAAAACAACAUUGCUAGAGAUUCUUGGAGGAAACAUACCUUUGAAGAAGAUUUCAGGCCAAGUGCUUGUUAAUGAUCAACAUAUGCUUGAGAAAAUGUUCCCAAGAAUCUCGGGAUACGUCACGCAGGACGAUGCUCUUUUCCCUUUCCUCACAGUUGAAGAAACACUCAUGUACAGUGCUCUACUGAGGCUUGCUGGUGGAAGAAAAGAGGCUGAAUCUAGAGUGAAGAAGCUGAUGAAAGACCUUGGGUUGGAACACGUAGCACCAUCAAGGGUUGGAGGAGGAUCAAACAGAGGCAUUUCGGGAGGUGAAAGACGGCGAGUUUCGAUUGGAGUUGAAUUGGUUCAUGACCCAGCUGUGAUUUUGAUUGAUGAACCCACAUCAGGGUUGGAUUCAGUCUCAGCACUUCAUGUUAUGUCAGUGCUUAGAAGAAUGGUUAUUAGCCAAGGUAAGACUGUUCUUUUAACCAUCCAUCAACCCGGUUUUCGAAUCCUGGAACUUUUUGAUCGUCUAAUACUGCUUUCUAGUGGAGUUGUGAUGCAUAAUGGAUCACUGGAUCAUCUUGAGGAGAGGCUUAAGCUUGCUAAUCAUCAGAUCCCUCACCAUGUCAAUGUGCUUGAAUUUGCCAUUGAUGUUGUGGACAGCUUGGCUAUGCAUACUUCAGAAACUUUCAAUAGACUCCAUUACCUACAAAACAGGGUUGAGAAUCAGACAAUGAGAGUUCUACGCCUCAACAAGACAGACGAAGAACCUGUUUCUUACCAAAAUUCUAGAUCCAAGGAAAUUGUAAUACUAGGACAAAGAUUUUUCAAAAACACAUUUAGGACCAAACAACUCUUCGCUACAAGAGUCAUUCAAGCCAUGGUGGCUGGAUUGGUACUUGGGACCAUAUUCUUCAAAACUGGGAAUAAUAAUGGCAAAACUGCAUUGCAAACCCGGCUCGGGUUUUUCGCCUUUAGUCUCACUUUCUUGCUAUCUUCAACUACAGAGGGUCUUCCAAUCUUCUUGAGAGAAAGAAUGAUCCUAAUGAGAGAGACAUCAAGAGGUGCUUACAGAGUAUCUUCCUAUGUUCUAGCAAACACCCUCAUCUUUCUCCCUUUCCUUAUGAUGGUCUCUCUCCUCUUUGCAGCCAGUGUUUACUGGUUGGUUGGCUUUAAAAAUGAAGUUUUCGGGUUCCUUUACUUCUCUCUAGUCGUUUGGAUGGUCGUUCUGAUGUCCAAUUCUUUUGUAGCAUGUUUCAGUGCUCUUGUCCCAAAUUUCAUUACAGGAAACUCAGUAAUAGCAGGGCUAAUGGGGUCUUUCUUUCUCUUUUCUGGUUACUUUAUCUCAAAGAAGAACAUCCCCAACUACUGGAUUUUUGUGCACUAUUUGAGUCUUUUCAAGUACCCAUUUGAGUGUUUCUUGAUAAAUGAGUAUGGAGGAGAACAAGGGAAGGGAAGAUGCAUAGAAUCCAAACAAGGAGUAUGUACAACAUAUGGAGAAAUGUUCUUAAGACAACAAGGUCUAAAACAGUCACAAAAAUGGAGCAAUUUGGCAGUAAUGUUGGGAUUCAUUGUUGGGUACAGAAUCCUCUCUUUUGUGAUCUUGUGGUACAGAUGUAACAGAACCAGGAGCUAGAUUUUUUAGCCUAUAUGGGUAGAUAUUUGUUUUUGUUUGUAGUUUUCUUUCUUCUUGACUUCAUUCAAAUUUAUUUAUAUUUUCUUUGUUCAGAUUUGUUGAAAAUUUUAGAAUGUUGCAUCUUUAUAAAGAAGUAAUGACAUCAUAAAGCAUAUUCCAUGUUGAUCCUCCAUAUCUUAAUAGUGAGGAAGUUCUUGGUUCAUCUUUUAAGAGAUCAUUUAAUUCGAAAAAGACAUAUAGGUUCUGUUUUCUUUCUUUCUUUUUUUUUUUUUUUUUUUUUUUUUUUUUUUUUUUUUUUUUUUUUUUUUUAUAAAAAGAUGGUUUUGGUUUUGGUUUUUGGAAUUUCUAUUUGAGUUUCUCUUUUUCUUUGUUUAAAAAGAGGGAAGGGAAGAGAGAUAUCAAACAAUCAAAAUGCACAACACAUUAAGCAGCUCCAUAUCUUUUACAUGCAAAUAUGUCAACAUUUGUUCAUGACAAAAGUAUAAAAAAUACAAAGAAUUGUUCAAUAUACACCUUGAGAACACAACACGUCAUGUGAUUUUCACUGAAAAUUCAUCACUAAAAACUCCUACAAGACAACACAGUUAGUUACUGACACAUGAAGGUGGAAAAAGUGUCAUAGUAGAUUUCAAGUAUGUAUUCAUGAUAGAACAAAAAAAAUAAAUAUAUACCUCCCUUUAAUUAGAAGGCUUGCUAACCAACAAAUAAUU